UACCACUUUGUUUCGCACCAUAGGAGCUUCAGAAACCGAGGCACAUAACUUUUUUUUUUUUGGUUAAUUUCACGGACUCAACGGAUGCCCCUGGACAGUGGAAACCAGGGUUAGCCUCUCUUGCUCCUUCAAGUAGGCUACUUUCUUUGGGAUGGGCUAUUUUCAUAACGUCAUUUCAUUCCUCCCUCUUUUUCAUUUUCUCUUUCUUUGAUUCUUUCUCCCACCAUUUCCUAAAUGGAACAGAUUGCAGCACCCCACGCGUUUUCCUGCCUGCAAAGUUUGGUUUCAAACGUGUACACAGUUUGCGCGUUCUCUUUUGCCGGGCGUCUCUUGAUUUAACGGACUCGAAGUGGAAGUCAGAAGUGGCGGCGGUGGAAGUGUUAAUCAUGAUGAGGCUUACCAUGAUUAACUGUGAAAAAUGAUCCACUAACUUGUCGGUGUUUUGCCACAUUUCAAGUCACGCGCUCCCCUUUCAGCAUGAUGUAUUCUCCUCUCUGUCUAACUCAGGAUGAAUUCCAUCCGUUCAUCGAGGCGCUGCUGCCGCACGUGCGUGCCUUCGCCUACACCUGGUUCAACCUGCAGGCCCGUAAGCGCAAGUAUUUCAAAAAGCACGAGAAGCGGAUGACCAAGGAUGAAGAGCGUGCCGUCAAGGAUGAGCUCUUGGGCGAGAAACCCGAGGUCAAACAGAAGUGGGCGUCGCGCCUCCUUGCCAAGCUCCGCAAAGAUAUCCGGCCUGAGUGUCGGGAGGACUUUGUGCUGUCCAUCACGGGGAAGAAACCUCCAAGUUGCGUCCUCUCGAACCCAGACCAGAAGGGGAAGAUGAGGCGUAUUGAUUGUCUGCGGCAGGCGGAUAAAGUCUGGCGUCUGGACCUGGUGAUGGUGAUUCUGUUCAAGGGCAUCCCGCUGGAGAGCACGGACGGGGAGCGGCUGGUCAAAGGUGGCCUGUGCUCCAAUCCCAUCCUCUGCGUCCAGCCUCAUCACAUCACUGUGUCCGUCAAAGAGCUGGACCUCUACCUCGCCUACUUUGUGCAGGAGAGAGAGGCUGAACAGAGCAGUAGUCCUCGCACAGGCAUUGGUUCAGAUCAAGAGGACAGUCGAGCAGCCACCUUGGAUGCUCCAGAGUUUCAAGAUAGCUUCAUAACUUCAGGCGUCUUCAGUGUAACAGAACUGGUGCAAGUAUCAAGAACACCGGUGGUGACGGCUACGGGGCCGAACUUUUCUCUCGGAGAGCUGCAGGGUCAUCUUGCUUAUGAUCUGAACCCUUCAGGGGUGGGAAUGAGGAGAACCCUUCCCAGCACCUCCUCUAGUGGAAGUAAGAGACACAAGUCAGGAUCCAUGGAGGAUGAUAUAGACACCAGCCCAGGGGGCGAGUACUACACCUCUCCCAACUCCCCUGCCAGCAGUUCACGCAACUGGCCAGAGGAGAUGGAAGGAGGAAUCUCCCCUACAGUUAAGAAGACAGAGAUGGAUAGUCCAUCUCCUCAGGAGAGCUCUCCACGUCUCGGCUUCACACAGCACCACAGACCUGUCAUUGCAGUGCACAGCGGUAUCUCUCGGAGUCCACAUCCCUCCUCGUCUCUGCACUUCCCUGGCGCUCCCAUUCUCCCCCAGACUGCCUCCACCUACUUCCCGCACACGGCCAUCCGGUACCCCCCUCACCUCAGCUCUCAAGACCCGCUCAAGGAUCUUGUCUCUCUGGCCUGUGACCCAUCCAAUCAACAGCCCAGCCCGCUGAAUGGCAGUGGUCAGGUGAAGGUAUCCAGUCACUACAUCUCCUCUCAGAUGCUGGCCCCUCCGCUACCCCCCGCAUACUCUGCUCCCGGGACGCCACCUGCCAACCGCUCCUUCGUAGGAAUUGGUUCUCGAGACGCUAGCAGUCUGUAUCAGGCACAGUCCUGGUAUCUGGGGAACUGAUCAUCACACACACGCAGACGAACCCGAGGAGGCACAGACAUGGAUUUGAAAAAUCAAUUUUUGGUGGAAUUUACAAGAAAAAAAGUUGUGAACGAGAUGCAAGAGGGAAAAUCAGAUAUAUAUGCAGUAUUUGUAUAUAUACACACACACACAUAUAUAUAUACACAAUAUGUGUGUAUAGAUAUAUGUGCACACAUAUUUAUAUAUGCAUAACAACGUACAGUAUAAGAUGCUUCAAUACACAUUUUUUUUUUUAAAAGACAAUGGAAAAGGAUAAGAGCGUGAGAGAAUGGCCAUAGAUGGAACAGAAGAAAAGGAGACAAAAGAGGAGGAUUUUUUUUGUUUUUGUUUUUCUGGGAGGGCAGCCCAAACUAUGACGUAUAUUGACGGACGUGUCGAAAAGGCCCACUCUGCCUCCUGGAAUGCCUCUCCUCAAUCC